AUGGAUUAAGAUGAAAUAAUUAAAUAAGUGGUUCAUGUUUUUAAUAAACUCUCUACAAACUAAUAAUAGCCUAUUAGCAAAGAGAUGUUGUUAAAAUUCUUGGAUUCUCAGUCAAAUUAAGAAUAUGAUAGGGGUCUUUUCGAUUAAAUGUAUGAAAAAAUAGUCCAAAAAGAUUCUGGAUAAUUUACUGUUUAGAAAUUCAUAAGAACUUUGAUGGAAGCAUUGAAAUCAUUGAAAAAUAAGAUUUCCACUAUUUAGACAUAAAUAUCUCAAAAAAAAAAGAAUUUAGAGGAUCACAAAUCAACAUUGCAUGAAUUAUAGUCUCAAGAACAAUUUAAUUCAAAUAAAAUAUCCUUAGACAGCAGAAUAAGAGUUACUAUUCAUGAUGCUGAUAUUCAAUUUCCUGGAAAUAGUCCAAUAGCAGUAAUUUUAGGAUGUGAAGAUUUAAGAUACUCAACGAAAUCUGCAAGAAGAGAAAAUCUUGUGUGGGAAGAGAAAUUUGAAUUUGAUAUCUAAACUGGCAAAGAGGAAAUUUAUAUUGUUAUUUUAGAUAAAGAGUUGGCAGAUAGAGAGGAGAUAGGAGGAUAAACAAAACUUAAUUUAUAAGAUUUUUAUGAUUAAAAACCGCAUGAAAUAACACUUGAAUUAAAGGAUAAAUAUAAUCUAGAGUACAAUGGAUACAUUCUUAAGUAUUUUGAUAUAUAUGAAAGACAAAAUAUUGCAAAGAAGUCAUUUAAGAGUUACAGCAAAAUAUCAAAAGUCUAGAAGAUGAUGUAAAAGAAUACAAGAAUUAUAUUCAUAUGUUGUUCCUUCCUUUCGAAGAAAACUACUAAAAUUCAUAAGGAGACCACUAGGAGUUUAGUGAUUACUCUACAAACUAACCUACUCCUCAGAACUAAUUAGAACAGAGUCCAGAAAGUCAAUAAUGGUUGA